UCAUUUGACGUGGUGCCGAACGGAUAACGCGCCCGCCUGCUCCCUCUGCCUCCUCAGAUAAGAGGGACGGAGGGGGGAGGAAAUCCUGAGAGCGGAGACAGCGAGCGAGAGAGAAGAGAGAGAUGGCAACCACGGCACUGUCUUCGGCUUUCUCUUUCAAAGCUCGGACACCAUCUUUCUCAAACCGCCGGAGGACCACUCCCCAAGUGCUGCCGCUCCCUUCGGUUGCGGACCUCGCUGCUGCUGCCAGUUCAAUGCCGGACCCCAAUCUGGACGGCACCACCGUUGCCAUCGUGGGUGGUGGCUCGCUUGCCGCUCUUGCGGCGGCGCUAUCCCUUUCCGACCCUCAGAAGAGGCGGCAGGAGCAGGCAGUGGCCGUGGGCGGCGACGACAAGGCUGUGGUGAGGGACUACUUUAACAACUCUGGCUUCCAGCGGUGGAAGAAGAUUUACGGCGACACGGACGAGGUGAACCGCGUGCAGCUGGACAUUCGCUUGGGCCACUCCAAGACUGUGGAGAACGUCAUGAAGAUGCUGCUGGACGAGGGACCCCUUCGUGGAGUCUCCGUGCUCGACGCCGGCUGCGGGACGGGCUGCCUAUCGAUUCCUCUGGCUAAGGAAGGGGCCCUGGUGUACGCCAGUGACAUCUCGGCAGCAAUGGUGGCCGAGGCGGAGAAGCAGGCAGCCGAGGCGCUCGAGGGAAUGGAAGGUGUUCAGAUGCCUAGGUUUGACGUGAAUGAUUUGGAGGGCGUGCGGGGAAAGUAUGAUACGGUGGUCUGCUUGGACGUUCUGAUACAUUACCCUCAGGAGAAGGCCGACGAAAUGAUUGCGCAUUUGGCGUCUCUGGCAGAGAACAGGCUGCUGCUCAGCUUCGCUCCCAAGACUCUGUAUUAUGAUUUGUUGAAGAGAAUUGGGGAGCUCUUUCCUGGUCCUUCGAAGGCUACUAGGGCGUAUCUGCACGCUGAGGCUGAUGUAGAGAGGGCAUUGCAGCGCGUCGGAUGGAAGAUUCAGAAGCGGGGUUUGAUUACCACUCAGUUCUAUUUCUCUCGGCUGGUUGAGGCCGUCCCUAUUGCUUCAGCUUCUUAGAAAAUUUGUAAGUUUUCAGCCUUUUCCCCUCUGUUAUUUACAGUACAUAGCUUUUUCGUCCCUUUCUUGUUUUUGUUUGCUGCCUUAGUGCUUUCUAAGGCUUGCAUUUGCCUACUGUUCUUGUAAUAUGUUUGCUCGAUUACACAUGGAGAAACUUCCCUCUUUGUGAAAGGAAGGGAUUUUUGAGGAGAAAAUUCAGUAUCAAAGAAGAAUAGUUUUCUGUAAUUGUUAUGGGUUUCUGAUGGAGGUUUGGAUGAACACGGUUCACCAAACAGUGUGGUCUGGUGCUAUUGCCAUGUAGUAAACUUGUACCCUCCCAUGCUUGAUAGUCUUUAUUGCCAGGAAAGUUUCUGAUUA